AUGCUGAGCCUGUAUCAUGCAGCUCUGCUACUGCUGGUAGUCUGGUUGAAGCCAGCAGCUUGUUCUGUAGAUCAAUGCGGCUCACUCGGAGCACAACUCUCAAUUCCUAAUACGACAGUCAUUCUCUCCACUUAUGAGGCCAACGGCACUAUCAUCCGGCUUCCGGGUACUGUUGAAUCAUGCGGUGGGCCAGACCUCGUUGCCCAUAGCACGGCCAACCUGUGCCGGAUUGUACUGGUCAAAGCUACCAGUACGUCCAGUGCCGUACAAAUAGAAGCGUGGCUUCCAGACCGGGAUGGCUGGAAUGGCAGACUCCUAGCCACCGGAAACGGAGGGGAAGGAGGAUGCAUUGACUACGCAACUAUACAAAACGGAGCAGGCUUGGGUUUUGCAUCAUUCGGUAGCAAUGCUGGACAUAAUGGAUCGCAAGGCUUCGACUUCUUUCUCAACCAGCCCGAGGUUAUUCAGGACUUUGGCCACAGAGCCAUCCAUGUGGAAGCGGAGGUUGCCAAGGAGAUUAUACAGCAGUACUACGGCUCCAGCGUGAAAAAAAGCUAUUAUGCCGGAUGCAGCACGGGCGGGCGUCAGGGAUUCCAGAACGCACAUCUCUAUCCUGAAGACUUUGACGGUCUCUUGCUGGGGAGUCCCGGUGUUGACUGGCUGCGCAUCGUGUCGUCAAAGGGCAUCCUUGCUAGACGUAUCGGCUGGCCUGAUCUCGAAUCACAGUCGUACGUGCGGCCAGAACAAUGGAAAUCUAUUGUUGACGAGCAAAUCCGGCAGCUAGAUCCCUUGGAUGGGGUAAGAGACGGUAUUAUCGAUGAGCCCACUAAGUACCGCUUUGACCCCGAAACGUUGGCAUGCGGGACUGGAGUUCUGAACGACUCCGUGUGUUUGAGUCCCCAACAGGUCAACUCGGUUCGAAUGGCAUAUGAGCCUAUUGCGGACUCCUCGGGACAAAUAGUCUAUCCUGCCUUUGAGCUUGGGUCAAACACAGAUGUCUUCUCGAGCAACCAAAAAAAUGGCUCGGCUCAACUGACAUACACAAUAUUACAAGAUUUCUGGAGAGGCGCUGUUUUUAACGACAGCAAAUGGACCCCAAACAAUUUCAGCACUGCGGAUAUGGACUUUGCGUUGGAAGUGAAUCCAGGGGGCGUUAACGCUUGGGACAGUACAGACUUGUCGGCGUUCUAUGAGAGAGGGGGUCGGAUUAUAUCAUACCAUGGACGGAACGACGAGACCGUUACUUCUGCUCUAUCGGAGAGGUUCUACACUACGGUUCAGAGCAAGUCAAACCUUUCUCUCAAUGAUAUUCAGUCAUUCUACCGUCUAUUCUUCAUCCCUGGGAUGCAUCAUUGCGCGGGUGGCCCGGGUGCCUGGAGCAUUGGCAAUGCUCAAAAAUAUCCAUUCGAUUCGUCUCGGCUUGAUCCUCAGCACAAUGCCCUUAUGGCACUCGUUGAUUGGGUUGAAAGCGGGUCAGAACCUCGAACGCUGGUGGGGACCAAGUAUGAGGAUGAUGACAUCGGUGGCAAUGUGGUCGCACAGAGAACAUACUGCCCGUAUCCCUCCGUGAGCAAGUGGGAUGGUGCUGGAAACAUAACGAUAGCAAGCAGCUGGACAUGUGUAGCUCCGAGCGUUUGUAACAGUUAA